GGAUUCCAUGGCCUCGCUUACCGACUGGGGCUAUAAUUCGGUCGAUGUGGUCAUGCGUACUGCUCGUCAGAAAGCCUCCCACUCGGAUUGGCACGAAAUUAGCAUCAAGGAGGUUAUGGGUGGCCUAGAGGGUGAUUCCGAUCCCAAGUGGAAUUCCAAAUGGAAUCAGCCGAAAGCGCCCACGCUUCCAUUCAUCCUAUCGAUAUGCGGCAGUAUGGCGGUCGCGAACUCCUUUCCUCAUGAUCUACUCCAUGGGUGGGAUUGGGAUCAGCGGAAGGCCGCCUGUACGGCUGCGAUGUCAGCGAUACAGUCUGGCAUGGGUGUCGCAGAAAUACCGUCGACUGCAUUCGAAGCUAUGCGAGGCGGUCAGCACAAUGUCCUUGUUACAGACGACUUCAAGGUAGCCAACAACUAUGGGUGCGAAUAUGGCGGUCUCCGAAGCUGGUUAUCUUGCAAUCUGGCUGAGUUCACCUUGAGGGUUGCGCAAUGCUGGCCCGCGGCAAGGGUCACAGACGGUGUCCCCAUCCUGGCGCGUCUUUAUCCGCUUCUGCGGGACGGUGCUCUUGAUCGCAGAUGGUGCGAAGAGUACGAUCGGAGUCGAUCUACUCAAGGAAGGGUAGCAGUCAAGAACGACAGUGGUGCUGAAUGGAGCAUGACGGCGGCUCCUCUCCUAUGGUUACAGAUCACGAUGCUAGACACGUGGAUCGGCCGUCGCGCAGAUAUCAUAAUGGGUGGUUCCGGGAGGGAGGAAGUGUCAGUCCCUGCCGAUAUCCAUACCGCGACGCUGUGUGCCCAGAAAGCCGUCGGUCUUAAGCAGACUACCGGCUGGAAGACGUCACGGAUCGACUUCACACUUUUAUACCUCAGGCGGCUUGCUGAGGGCGCGGACGGUUGUUCAACCACUUGUAUGUCCGCUGGAUUGCAAGCAAGUGGGAUAGAGAAUCGUUUGGGGGUGGAUGCUUGGGGCGGGAUGUCAUCCGGUACUUCAAGUGAUUGGGCUGCCGUUGAUGCGGUAUUGACUCUGCGUGCUUUCCUGCUUCAUCUUCGCUUGGAACUCAUGAAUGAUUCAUCCAUAUUCCUCAGACUACGGCGAUUCAAUCCCGUAGUAAACCUAGCUUGAUUGAUUGUUAGCGAUGCGAUUAUCAUGUAGAUACCCUCUGGUUUGUCUCCUGCGAUAUACUUGUAUUAGUUUC